GUGGUGUUAUGAAAUGCAAACCAAAACACAAAGUAAAAAGUGCAUUUUCACGAGAGUUUCUUUGAGUUGGGACCGCACAUUUUCAUCAAAACCACAGGAAAAAUGAUGCGCUACGAGGGAAACGAGGAGCUGGCGGAUAAAUCCGCCUGUGCCGGUGUCCGUGCGGAUCUGAAAAUGUGUCUUCUGGCCAGCGAUUGCUGCAAAAAGGAGAAGAAAACUCCCCGCGAAUGUCUGAACCGGACGGAUGGAUCCGUGCCGGAGGAAUGUUUUGUAUUGCGAAACACCUUCUUCGAGUGUAAGCGUUCCAUUCUCGACAAUCGACAACGGUUUCGUGGAAGGAAAGGAUACUGAAAUGGCCAUCGGAUUGUUAAAUCAUUCAAGGCGACUUUGGUGUUUAUUGAAAAUCGUGCAACCCCUCUAACUACGUUAGCGCGUGCCGUUCGGUUGUUGGUAGAAUAUAGCUUAAAGUAAGGAAACUGUAA